UGAUGUCAAAAAAAAAAUAAAGUCUUAAAAAUAUCUUAAAAGAAAUGCAUCUGAUCUCUUCAUAGCGCCACCGUGACUGAAGACGACCGGAUCAAAUCUCGGACAUAAAAAGUCUCUUCUUUCAGACAAAUCACUUCCCAAAAAAAAAAACAAAAUCUCAGUUUAAAAUUAAAUUCCAACCAGAUCCUAAACCCUUUCACCAUCUCUUACAGAUCUACACACACAUGGCCGUUACUCACUGAUUCAGACACGGCAACAACAAAAAAAAAGAAGAAACCUUUCCUCUUCACUUCAAUGACGAAUCCUCGAAACGGCAAGUCUUUCUUUCUCACUUUCUACUUUCUAAUCUCCCUCACUCUCCUUUUCAUCACGCCGUCGUACGCCAACGAGUCUCCGAUUCUCGAAACCGAAGAUGUUUCCACCGAUGUAGCUCCGUCGGUUACCGAAUCUACCAGAGAAGAUUCUCUAUUACACAAGCUCGAGGAGCUCGUUAAGAAUCUAACAGAAAUAGUCUCUAAUCUAGACGCUAAGUUAUCUGAAUCGAAGAUCUCUAAAUCAGAUGAUGAAGCCAUCGGAGGAGGAGCAAAGGCGUUCUCAGUGACGAAGUACAGUCCCUUUUGGACGGAGAGAUUCUCCUUCACAUCAGCAGUGAAGCUCGACUCAGACGCCACGUGUAUCAACGUGUUACCCUUCAAAGACUUCGAAGGCUCCAGCAAGUACUUCGCGAUCGGAGACUCCAGAGGUAGAGUCUACGUGUUCUUACGAAACGGCGACGUUUUAAUCGAGUUUUUCACUACCGUUGAUUCUCCCGUCACAGCUAUGGUUUCGUAUCUUUCAAUGUUCAAGAACUCGAGUUUCGUUGUCACUGGUCAUCAGAACGGCGCCGUUUUGUUCCACCGGAUCCACGAGGGAUCCAACGGUGAGGAUUGGAACUCGAAUUCCGUCUCGAUGGAACACGUUGGGGCCUUUGAUGUUGAUGAUUCGGCUGAUCCUGUGACUCUGUUGGAAGUGCAUCACGUUGGUCGUGUUAGGUACAUUUUAGCUACGGAUCUUAGCGGGAAGCUAACGGUUUUAACCGAGAACCGAACCGUUUACGGUUCGGUUAUACCGACUAGUAGACCGUUAGUGUUCUUGAAGCAGAGGCUAUUGUUUCUAACCGAGUCUGGCGCUGGUUCCUUAGACUUAAGGAGUAUGAAGAUUAGAGAAACUGAAUGUGAAGGACUAAACCAUUCUCUCGCGAGAAGCUACGUUUUCGACGCGACGGAACGGUCUAAAGCUUAUGGAUUCACCUCAGAAGGUGAGAUCAUUCAUGUACUGCUUCACGGAGAUAUAAUGAACUUCAAAUGUAGAGUUAGAUCGAAAAAGAAGUUUCAAAUGGAGGAGCCGGUCGCGUUACAAUCAAUCAAAGGAUACCUUCUUGUGAUCAACGAAGAGAAGGUUUUCGCUUUCAAUGUAUCGACUCAGCAUUACGUACGAACCGCUGGUCCACGUCUGUUGUUCUCCGCUGGUUUAGAGGAGAUUAGAUCGUCUUUCUUGAGCCAUCGUCAGUCAUCUUCAAGAAAUGUAGCGGUAAAGGCGAGACCGUUGGUAGCUAGCGACAGGGAGAAUCUUCUUGUGAUGGGUUUAGGAGACGGCUACUUCGGUGUUUAUAAGUCAAAGCUUCCUAAUCUCAAAGGAGAGUUCAACACAAUGCUUUGGAGCAGUCCUGUGUUUUUCUUUAUACUGUUUUUAUUCGGAGCUUGGCAUUUUUUUGCUAAGAAGAAAGAGUCUCUCACUGCGUGGGGACCAGAUGAUCCGUUUACUCCAACGGGCGCAGGACAGAACAGCUCAAGUAAAGAGCCGAGUUUUACUGAGCCUGCGAGGAGAAGCGAUGAGCUCAUGGAUCUUAGGAGAAGGUACGUUGGUUCGUCACCGUACCGUAAUGAGCAGAGUUCGAGAGCUCCUGUGGAUGGAGGAGGGUAUAGAACGACUGCGCAGGAUCAUAAUAACUAUCGAGGUGGGUCGGGGCUUGAUUCGAGUGGGUUUGGUAAUAGAAGAGAUAGUUUGUAUGGUAAUAACAAAGUUAUGGAUGAUGAGAGUUGAAAGAAACACUCUGGACUUUUUAUGCGUUUUGAGUUUUGACAAUGUAAGAAAGUUAUACUCUUUGUAAUUCUCAAGCUUUUUUAUUUUACAGACAUUCUCUUUUAAAUGUUUGAAUAAUGUUAAAAUUCUUAGCGAAGUGGUGCACAACUCAAAAUCUCGGCUGAAACCGCGUUCUUGAUCACUAAGAUAGAUGU